CGAGGCCUUACGCGUCGCGCGCGGGGCGGGAGUUGACGGUCGGCCUCUGGCGGGGACCCGGCGGCCCCAGGGCCGCGGCAGAGGCUCCCGAGGGCGGCCGCGAUGCCCGGCUCGCCGCGGGUCAGCCAACUCCUGGAUCUAUGCCUUUGGUGCUUCAUGAAGAAUAUUUCCAGAUAUAUCGCUGACAUUAAACCUUUACCUCCCAACAUAAAAGACAGACUGAUUAAAAUAAUGAGUGUGCAAGGCCAGAUAACAGAUGCAAAUAUAAGUGAGAUUUUACACCCUGAAGUCCAAACUCUAGAUCUACGGAGCUGUGAUAUUUCAGACACCGCUCUCCUGCACCUGUGUAACUGCAGAAGACUGAAGAAAUUAAAUUUAAGUUCCUCAAAAGAAAACAGAAUGUCCAUAACUUCAAAAGGAGUAAAAGCUGUGGCUUCGUCUUGCUCACACCUGCGCGAAGCCUCUCUGAAACGGUGCUGCCGUCUCACGGAUGAAGGCGUCCUGGCUCUUGCACUCAACUGCCAGCUGCUAAAGAUCAUUGAUUUAGGGGGCUGCUUAGGCAUUACCGAUGUGUCCUUACAUGCAUUAGGGGAAAACUGCCCAUUUUUGCAGUGUGUUGAUUUUUCAGCUACUCAGGUGUCUGAUAACGGUGUGGUUGCACUUGUGAGUGGACCCUGUGCCAAGAAACUAGAGGAGAUUCAUAUGGGACAUUGUGUGAAUCUGACUGAUGAGGCUGUAGAAGCUGUCCUGACUUGCUGUCCUCAGAUACAUAUAUUACUUUUCCAUGGAUGCCCCCUGAUAACAGAUCACUCACGAGAAGUCUUGGAGCAAUUAGUAGGCCCAAACAAACUAAAGCAGGUGACUUGGACUGUUUAUUGACACCUGUUGAGGCUUAUCAAAGCUAUGAUCUUCAUACUGCUUUCCCAGAAGACAGUGGUCUUGAAGGCUGGCUUUCCAAUAAUGUGGUUUGUGCUUUGAAGUUAACCAGACUCUUAAACGUUUUACUAGUGCUAUUGUUCUAUGUUUGUUAGUGAGUCAUUGUUUUUGAAAUGGGAACCCUAGCAUGCCCUCUGAUGUAUGGCCGGGAAGAGGGAGGUGGUGUCGAUUUAAGUAACAAAGUUUUAAAAUAAUUUGUUUUUCCUGGAUAUCCCCUUCUCCUACCUAGAUAUUUGAGCUGUUAGAAGAGAAAAUUACAGCAUGGAUAACCAUUAGAACUCUAAAUAAAGGUAUUUCUAAAAGCAUAA